AUGAGAUUGUUAUCAAGAUGGGUGUAUCGUCCUAAUAAUGGUAUAAAUAUGGAUUCAAGUAACGACGGAAGCUUUUCGCCGUACUACUCUUCUUCGCAUCAACGUGGUUAUAACCAGCACAUGGAAUCACCUCAUCAGCCAACUAAGACGUACAGAAUUAAUGGAUACUGGAUGUUGAUAAAGGGCAUGGUGAUAGUCAUGCUGUGUAUGGGUUGCAUGGGUUUGUCCUAUUUUGAAAUAUUUCGAAAGGCUUCAUGGUCGUCGAAUGAAAGUGUUUUCCAUGUCACUCUUUUCAAUUCUGCUCCCAUUUCCUUAAAUAAUCUUGAACAACCUCUCAUGUUAUUGAACAGGUCCCAAAAUUUUGCUUCCUCUUCUCAAGAAGAUUCCACUCAAGAAAACACAAAGAUUUGCACAAAAAUUUCAACCUAUGAGUUGGAUCAAUGUCAAUUCGCAAAGGAAAAUUGCAUGUCACCACUUGGAGGCAUGUUAAAUUAUUUAUUGAUUCGUUAUUGUACCUUCCAGAAUCUAGAACCUUUGUUCUAUGUUUUGGCCACACUCUGGAUGGUUUUUUUAUUUUACAUGCUUUCAACCACUGCUGAAGAUUAUUUUUGCCCUAGCCUUGCUGAAAUUUCUAGAAUAUUGAGAUUGAGUCCUGAUAUUGCAGGUGUGACAUUUCUCUCGUUUGGCAAUGGUGCUCCGGAUAUUUUCAGUACAAUAGCAGGAAUUUUCUCUGGCAGUACAGGAUUUGGGUUAGGAGAGCCAAUUGGUUCUGGUCUCUUUAUUUGUAGUGUGCUGCUUGCGUGUGUCACUCUUGUUGUGAAGGAAGCAAAAGUUUCAGCAUUCCCUUUUCUAAGAGAUGUCAUCACGUAUUUGAUCAGUGUUACAUUUGUGUUUGUCAUUGUUAUGGUUGAUGGAUCGAUUAAUUUAUGGCAAAGUAUUUCGUUCUUGGCGAUUUAUGUUGCCUAUGUGGUGUUUGUGAUUGGAAGUAAGCUUGCCUUAAACAUGAAACACAAGAUUCAAAAAAAAACUCAAGAAAAACGAAGAUGUAUUAUUAAUGGUGAGGAUUCAUGUGUGGUUUGUGACUCCACUUCAAAUUCGAGUUGUUAUAUUUUGGCACCUUACACCUUACACUUAGUGUCAGUGUCGUUUGCAUUUGACACUUGA